AUGGCCAUCUAUCCUUCAAAACAUGCCGGACCAAGCCAGAUCCGCAGCUACCUGACAGCAGUCUUGACAACGAAACAUGAAUUGUCACUUCCGGAUGCCACUUCAAUGGCAAAUAACUGGAGAUUCGGGCGUGAGCAUGACCUUCGUGAGGCGUCUCAGGACGACUUUCGCCAUCUGUUUGGAGCGAUCGGUCCAUCACUUUACCACAGUGUCAGUGAGGAUAUGGCUGCCGCAUGGCAUUCGACUGUAGCGGGCUCUCUCAGCGUUUUCUUGAUCCUCGGCAUCCCAACUCUCCUUAUUAUCCUAUUAUUCUACCAGUCCAUCCGAAACGACGGCUUUUUGAGCCGGAACUUGCCUUUGGAGUACCUCUUGUGGGUGUCAGGGCCGAUCCUGACUUUGUGCGCCAACCAAGAGAUGAAACAUCACUCUGAAUUGGUCGACGAGAAUCUUGUCUUCCACGGAUGCUUCUUCUGCCUUCUGGAAUUCAUCUUUGCGCUAUCCGUGUUUUCUCUGCAAUUCAUCUGA